UAUAAAUUGGGCCGGUCUAGUUUUGACCCAAUGAGCAUCCCGGCAAUGGGCCACAAGGUCCGAUGGGCGUGAUUUAAAUGGACCAAUCAUAUUGGUGUAAUUUAAUGACGCGCAUGCCGUAGCAGUAGUAAAGGAAGUUUUUUUUAUUUUUUAUUUUUUAUUUUUAAGAAGGGGAAAGUAAAACAAAGCCUUCUUUUUUCAGGAAAAGGACAGUAAAAGAAAGAUUUUAAAAAAUAAAAAAUAAAACCCCUACCGGUAGUAGAAAUCCAUAUCCCAUUCCCAUUCAUACAUAUGCUGCUAACCCAGAGCUUCUUCCUGCCUGUCUGUUUUAAACCAGAGUUAUUUAUUUCACAGACAGAUUGAGUAUAGUGAACGCUUCAGAAAAAGAAUGUUGUGGUGUUCACAUUGCGGAGUUCUUGUUCCUCCAAUGAGAGAUGAUCUUCAGUUUGUAUCAUGCAGUGGUUGUGGAAAAGUGCUUAUCUAUCGAGAUGCCAGUACUAGUGAACCUACUUUGGUCAAAAGCUCCGGAAGAAAGGGCAGGAGGGCAGGUUCUUCUUUAACAUCGGUUUCAAGUGACAAUUCACAGUCGUUUGAAGGUCCUUUAAACGAGGGACUCUGGUCAAAACGUGCUGUCGGUGCCAAUCCUGCUAUGCUGCUCAAGAUCAAGAAACAAGCUCCUAGUUCAAGGAAAAAGUCCAAGGCAAUAAUUAUUCAUGCUGGUGAUGCCAAAGGACAAAACCCUUUCAGCAUAGAGCAUGAAUCAGACAUCUCUGAAAAUGACUUCAAAUUGAGGCAGGAUUAUGAAAAUGUUAAAGAGGAAGGUGAUGGAAGGCCAGCAAAUUAUAAAUCCCACGUUCUGAAUCAAGAAAAUGUUCAUGAAUCUACCUAUGAUGCUGAUGAUGAUGCUGAUUAUGAUUAGUGAUGUUGGAUGUUUAAUGUGUCCUAUAUGCAAUUGUGUUAGGCUGCUCAUACAUCUGUGUGAAAAUCAUGUUCCAUCUACCAAGCAAGUCUUAAUUAGUAAUAAAAUGAAAUUUCAUCAAA